AUGUGUUUGUCCUUAUAUAUAACAUAAAAUUACUAGUAAUUAAUUCAAAAUUUUAAUUAAACGAUUUAGAAGAUAUUAUGGAAGUGCAGUGGUUAGAUAUGGGUUGAUUUACAUAUGUGCUCUACUUACAUUUUAUAUGGUUUUUUCAUUUUUAAUUAAUAAAAAUGUGUUUCCGAAUGGUAAUAACGGUGAACGUAAUUUAGAACAUAAAAAUUAUAAAGAACAUUGUGAAAUAAUUCACGUUGGAUUAGUUUGUGCUGGAUACAAUUCCAGUCGAAUAAUAGUGACUUUAUUCAAAUCAAUAUUAUUUCAUCGCCGAAACCCAAUACAUUUUCAUUUGAUGGUUGAUAGGAAAGCAGAUAAAAUAUUAAAACAUUUAUUUAAUUCUUGGAUGUUGCCCGAAGUAAAAGUUACAUUUUACCAGGCUGAGAAUUAUGUUAAGCUAGUUGAAUGGAUCCCAAAUAAACACUAUUCAGGUGUAUUUGGUUUAUUAAAACUUCUAUUCCCACAAAUAUUGUCGAAAAAUCUUUCGAAAAUUAUUACAUUGGAUACAGAUGUUACUAUAUUAACAGAUAUUGCACAAUUGUGGAAACAAUUUGAUAAUUUUACAGAAGAACAGGCAAUUGGAUUAGUUGAAAAUCAAAGCAAUUGGUAUUAUGGUAAAUUAUGGAAUAAUUACAAACCAUGGCCAGCAAUUGGAAGAGGUUUCAAUACUGGUGUAAUGCUAUUGGAUAUAAAUAAAUUGAACAAUCAUAACUGGACAAUGUUAUGGCGUUUAACUGCAGCUCAAUAUUUAGGAACAUACGGAUCAACUGGAUUAGCUGAUCAAGAUAUUUUAAAUGCGAUAAUUACAAACAAUCCACAGUUUUUAUUUCGUUUGCCAUGUUUUUGGAAUGUUCAACUCGGGGAUAAUACUUUGAGUGGUAGUUGUUAUCAUGAUAUCAUUGAUAUUAAAAUAAUUCACUGGAAUUCACCAAGAAAAUUGGAAGUGGAGAACAAAGAUGGUAAUGUUUUACGUGUGUUGUAUCAAACAUUUUUAGAGUAUAAUGGGAAUUUUUUGAGAGCACCAAAAUUCUCAUGUGAUAAUUCUACUAAAAAUUACAUGAAUAUAGAGCCUGAUUCAUUUGAUGAUGAAUGCGACAUAUUAAAAGAAGCACAGAAAAAAGUAUGGCGAACUCACCUGUUUAUUGUGGAUUUCGAUUACGAACCAUCUCUAAAUGGAAAUGACGUCACAUUAGUUACGCAAUUGUCAUUUGAUCGCAUACAAAUGAUUGAGCAGAUUUGUAAUCAUUGGAUUGGUCCUGCUAGUUUUACAUUUUAUGCAACCGAUUCUGAGGUUCAAUACAUUUUAAACUACAUCCAAUCAAUUGAUGUUUUAAAAUAUCGUAAAAAUAUUGCAUAUCAUGUAGUUUAUAAGGAUGGUGAUGUGUAUCCAGUAAAUUAUUUACGAAAUGUUGGACUACAAAAUGUGAACACGCCAUUUGUUUUUUUAACCGAUAUUGAUUUUCUACCAAUGAAUGGAUUGUACUUGUCGUUGAAAAGAUACAUUUUAAAAUGGUUCACAUCAUAUAAAGAUAAAAAGGCUUUAGUAAUUCCAGCAUUUGAAACACAACGAUAUCGAUUUUCGUAUCCACAAACUAAAGAUCAGUUACUAAAUAUGCUCAAUCAAUCAAUGUUAUUUACAUUUCGAUAUCAUGUAUGGACCAAGGGUCACGAAUCUACAAACUAUAAGAAGUGGAAAACAGCAACUCUUCCUUACAAGAUCCAAUGGCAACCAGAUUUUGAGCCAUAUGUUGUGAUACCAAAUAACAGGGAUAUAGUACCAUUGUAUGAUACUCGAUUUGUUGGUUUCGGAUGGAAUAAAGUAUCCCAUAUCAUGGAGUUAAAUGCAUUACAAUACGAGUUUAUAGUAUUGCCUGAUUGUUACACGAUACAUUUACCUCAUGCACCUAGUUACGAUAUUGUAAAAUUUCGCCACUCAACUACGUAUCGACGAUGUUUGAAAGUAUUCAAAGAUGAAUUCAUAAGGGAAUUGAAAAGAAAAUAUUCAAAUACAGAAGAAGCAACAGCAUCAACAGUGGUACCAGCAACAACAAUGAAUUGACGAAAAAAAUACCUAACAUAAAAAUGAAUCUUUAUAUAUUAUAUAAUACGUUUCUCAAAAAGAACUUUGCCAGUUCUUUUUACUUCUAUGAUGCAAAACCUGAAUGUAUACACAGUAUAGUUAUAUAAAUUUUCUUUUAUACAUA